AUGGAUGUGGCUAUUGCCAGACUUACCCGCGUAAUACAAGCAGCAAUGACAUCAAUGAUGGCUCUGUCUAUUACAUUAUUGGCGCUGAUUACCUUUUUAUGUAACGUUCAAGCAAAUGUCACACAAUCAGAACAAGAAAAAUCUCCGAUAUUAGAAGUCAUCGAUACCAUAUUGGAACCAUUUAUGUUGAAUCAAAAGGCUGAUCAAGGUCUGUUUUCUGCUUUUGGAUGUCCAAAAGGCUAUAUAAAAAUGAAUGGCAAAUGUUAUAAAAUACCUGAAGAGGACGUGGGUUAUUACGAAGAUAAUGAAAACAAAACUAAAAUUAAUAUUUAG